UCUCUGGGUCUGCUGCUGCUCCUCUUCUUCCCCCUUUCCUGCAGGCCACUGGCUGGAAGUCACCGGUCCCGGCCAGCUGAGAAGAUUACAAGCAGCCGGCCAUGGCGCUAAGACUGCACCCUCCUCCUCUCCUUCUUCCUCUUCCUCAACAGCAGCAAGAACAGCUCGCACGACGGCCGAUUUAACCCAGUUUUGCAGCAGUGCAUGUCACUGCCAGUGCAGGAGGUUGCAUGAGCCUCCGGACACGGCGCAGGCAGAGCAGCGGGGCCAGUGGGAACCAGAGCCACUGUACACGCCGCCCCCGCCCCCUCCUCCUCCUCCUCUCCCCCCAGCGGUGGUGCUGGUUCUCCAACCCGUUUAUGGUUUCACACCAUACCAGCCGCUGGUAACUCCCGCCGCUGCUCCUGUCACCGCCACCGCCACCGCCUUCGUUCCCGUCUGGCUUCUCCUCCCCGUCCCGCCUCCUCCGGUCCUGUUCUUCUACCCCGCCUGGGUCCAGCUUCUCUCGCCUGCCUGCCCGGUCGCGGCGGCAGAGAACAUGGGGAACGUGACCUCUUGCUGCGUCUCGUCCAGCCCCAAACUGCGGAGGAAUGCCCAUUCGCGGCUGGAGUCCUACCGGCCCGACACCGAGCUGAGCCGCGAAGACACGGGUUGCAAUCUGCAGCAUAUCAGCGACCGGGAGAAUAUCGACGAUCAAAACAUGGAAUUCAACCCAUCGGACCAUCCACGAGCCAGCACAAUAUUCCUCAGUAAAUCUCAAACUGAUGUGAGAGAAAAACGGAAGAGUCUCUACAUAAACCAUCAUCCUCCUGGUCAAUUGAGAAGGAAAUACAGUUCCUGUUCUACUAUUUUUCUGGAUGACAGUACAGUCAGUCAGCCCAACCUCAAGUAUACAAUUAAAUGUGUAGCUCUUGCAAUAUACUACCAUAUCAAAAACAGGGACGUAGAUGGAACAAUGCUCCUAGAUAUUUUUGAUGAAAAUCUCCACCCCCUUUCGAAAUCCGAAGUGCCACCCGAUUAUGACAAACAUGAACCUGAACAAAAGCAGAUUUAUCGCUUUGUUCGGACGUUGUUCAGUGCUGCUCAGCUAACUGCCGAAUGUGCUAUUGUCACCCUGGUAUAUCUUGAAAGAUUGCUAACUUAUGCAGAGAUAGAUAUUUGUCCAUCAAACUGGAAAAGAAUUGUGCUUGGCGCAAUUCUACUUGCAUCCAAAGUUUGGGAUGACCAAGCUGUGUGGAAUGUGGACUACUGUCAGAUCCUGAAAGAUAUCACAGUUGAAGACAUGAAUGAAUUGGAACGCCAAUUUCUUGAGUUGUUGCAGUUCAACAUCAAUGUUCCCUCAAGUGUUUAUGCUAAGUAUUAUUUUGAUUUGCGCUCCUUAGCAGAAGCAAACAACCUGAGUUUUCCUCUAGAACCUCUCGGCAGGGAAAGAGCAUAUAAACUCGAGGCCAUUUCUCGCUUGUGUGAAGAUAAAUAUAAGGAAUUCAGGAAAUCUGCAAAGAAACGGGCAGUCAGUUCAGACAAUCUGUCUGUAGUUCGAUGGUCUCCUGCGGUUAUCUCCUAACAGUGAAGUCUGUGAUACAAGACUCUAGAAGUACUGUUUCUAUCAUCAACUUUGGGUGGGAGGGUUGGUUUUGGUGAUUUAUUUUUUCUGGGUUUUUUUCUUCUUAUUUUUAGAUCUGCCUUUACAGUGCCUCCCCUUUUGUGUAGCACACAAGAAUAACUAUAGGGACUCGUUAAAAAGAACUUCGAAAGAAAAUUUGUUUUGUUGUUUAUUACGACUCCUCUGUUUUUAAUGGGGAGAAGGCAAAUGCAAAUAUUGAAAAAAUAUUUCUGCAAAAUAUCCUGCUUAGCGAGGAUGAAACCUCAGAAACCAAUACAAGAUCAUUAAAGAGGAGGAGGAAGAAUAAAGGCCCUUAACAGAAAUAACGGCAUGAAAACCAAUGUCACAAAAGAAGGUUGUAAGAAAGACGUUGGACAUAUUUUGAGACCCUCUUCAAUAUCUUCUAGUGGUUUCACAUUCUUUUUUGUUUUUUGAUUGAGUUUGCUUUCUCUUCUGUAACAACCAUGGAGAAGGCAGUGCCUGUGGUAGCACAACAUGAGCCUCUGAUUAGAGAUCCUGUUCCUUUUUCCCCUACACUUUUGAUGUGCUUUUGUUCAUAAGCUGUUUAAUUAGCCUUUUGCCUCUUAAUUCUUAUGGAUAUUGUUGUUUCUUGUGUGCUUUUACUAUAUUUUUGGGGAAACUGAUUGAUUGACAGUGCUGAACCCAAAGUAUAUAAGAUCAGGUGAUUGAUCAUAAUUUUAUUUUCCUCUCUCUUUCUCUCUCUCCUUUUUUAAUUUAUAGCAACCGGUGUCAUGAUGUUGCCCAUGAGGUGCAUUUUCAGUACUGGUGCUUUGUAUUAUAUGUAGUUGCAUGUGCCUUCCUUCCUACCUUUUUUCAGAUGGGUUUAUUUUUUCUUACUGUAAAGACAGAGAUGUUAAAAGGAUUCAGGUGACAGUGAAGCUUGGGCCAACAUUCAGACAUUGCUUUAGAUAGAAUAGUUCUUUUGCAAGAUUUUUUUUUUUAAUUUUUAAACGUUUAGAGAUUAGAUAGAGUCAAGGGAGAGAAAUGCAACGAAAGAGUGAGAGUAAGAAUCUUCUUUUGUAUGGCCCAAAUAGUUGAUUUUCUUCACUUCCUGGUUUAAUGUUGCAAGCAAUAGCCUUGAAAGUUUUUUAUAUGUUUACUUUAAAUGGAAAUCAAUCUGUUUAUAUAUAAAAGAGAAAAAAAAAACUAAAAAAAAGUUUUUUGUUUGAGGAUCCAUAGAAGAAGAAAAAAGAAAAGAAAAGAGAAGAAUUAUAUGUGUAUGUGUUACACAUGCACAUCCAUACAUGCAUAAUACAUGCGGGGGCAUGAGAGUGUGUGUGUAUAAUGAAAACAAGUGUUUUAUCACAGAUUAGAUUUUGGAAUAAAGAUGAGGUGUUUUUUUUCAGUGUAGGUGCUUAUAGGAAUUUAAACGAAAUGCAAACUGUGAAGAAAAUUGUAUUGCUUUGUUGAUUAUUUUUUAAAACUGGUUUUUCAUCCUUCCUAUCUUUUAAUGGGAUAAGCAAAUCAAAUACCGUAUAUCUACGGUACUUGUGCUCUAUACAAAUAAUUGAGUUUGCACAUGUGAGAAAGGUGCCAUACAGAAAACCAAGCAAUCAGCCAAAACCAGCUUCAGUAUCAUGACUUCUGGGAUUCACUUGUCAAGGGAUGUUUUGAUGAUGUUGGUUUUGCUUUUUGUGUAUUGCUUCAGCAAAACAGAGAAAGCAUAUUUCACCAAGAAUUUUCCUUCCUGCAUCUCCUUACUCUCCCUUGCACUUCAUAGCUUCCAGGCAUUUAAUAAAGGAUCUUGUUUAGGCUAAACAUCUAUCACUAUAUUCCAGAAUUAUUUCCAUUAGUUUCGGUAGCAGCACAAGGAGACAAGCAUAUUGAUAUGGAUCCCAUUAAGCCUUAAAACCAUGAUCACAGGUAGUUGUAGGCAACAUAAUACCCGUAUUUUCAUGAAAGAAUACAUUCAUGUGGCUUAAUUUUGGAACGAAGGAACACAUUCCUGCCCUUAAAGGCCUGGAAUCAAGGAGCUUUAAGUUAAGGACUCUUUGCUCUCUUUUUUUUAAAUGGGUUUUUUUAAAAGUGUCUUUUAAUUUCAGGAAAAUAGCAAAGUGAGAGAAAAGAAUUUCCACCUUUAAAUUGAAGUGGACUAGAUCUACAUGGCUAAAAACAAUUGCUUUAUUGAGAUUUUGCAGAACAUUUUUUUUUCAGCAAAAAAAAAUAUUGAGGUGGAUUUAGAGAAAGCAUGACAGAAAGAGAAAAAGUUUGUUUUAUGUAAAGUUUUCAAUGAAUUUAUUCUAAUUUUGUGAAGUUUAUUAAACAACCUUAAAGAUUGUAUAGUCUGUUUAUUGUAUGUAUGUACAUACAGUCUGAUACUUAAGAUUUCAAGUGGAUUCCAUAAAACCUUGCUCAGUCUUGUUUAGACUGUUGGAUAUUGUUUUAGCUUUGUGCACUGGAUUCUACCUCUGUAUAGGAGAAUUUUCCACAUUCUUCAACUAGUACUGAUUCUGUGAUUUAACUUGGUUAUGUUUCUUGCACUACAAAUUAAAAAAAAGGAAAUCU